UGCCUAAGCAGAUGAAUGUAGAGAUAAAUAAAGACCACCCAGACGAGAGCAAGGCCAGGCUCUGAGUUCAGAGCUUGGGAGCGCCCCACUCUGAGAUCGGCAGGCAGGGGGCGGGGCACAGGUCCGCAGAUUAGGGUGGUGGUGGUGUUGUGGGGAAGGCAGGGGCGGCUGAUGGAGAGUGAGGUGUCCGGUGGUUGGUGAGAGGACAUGUUUGGCGUCCUCUGGUUGGUCCUGAGUUGGAAGUGGGGGCAGAACACAGAGAAAUCAAGCCCUGACUGUCCCAGCAAUUGGCUGCAGAGGUGGAGCUGCGGCUUCCAGCUUCUUUGUGGUCUGGAGUCAGUAGCCGUGUGGGACUGGCCCCUGUCCAGACGCCUACACUCAGCCUCUCAUGCGGGGAGAUGAGCGUCUUCCUCCUGGGACCAAAGGAGGGAACAAGAAGGAGAAGGAAGAGGCAGGGCUGCGAUUGUGCCCAGGGUGCUGCUGGGCUGCCAGGUCCCUGCUCUGGGUACUUCUCUGCUUUGGGGCGUCUCAUCGAGAAGCUGCAGCCUGGCCUGUCUCACCUCUACACAGAGGGGCCGCUGGGGCCUGACGGAAAAAGGUCCACGUGCCCAAUGGCUGGCCCAGGGUGGACGAUGCUGCUACUGCUGCUGCUGGUGUCCUUGGUGGGGUAUGGGCUGCAGAAGCAGCAGAUGAACCUGUCCCAUAAGGUCAUCGGGGAGCCAUGCAGGAGCCAUGAGGAGUGCCAGAGCAACUGCUGUACCACCAACAGCCUGGACCCACACACGCUCUGCACCCCUAAGACCAUCCUCCUGCAGUGCCUGCCCUGGAAGAAGCCCAACGGGUACAGAUGCUCAGACAACUCAGAGUGCCAGAGCAGCUGCUGCGUCCGCAACAACAAGAGCCCGCAGGAGUUCUGCACAUCCCAAACCAUCUUCCUGCAGUGUGUGCCCUGGCGCAAGCCCAACGGCAACUUCUGCAGCAGCCACCAGGAGUGUAGCAGCCAGUGCUGCAUCCAGCUGAGGGAGGACAGCCCCUUCCGCUGCACGCCCCGCACCGGGAUCCUGGCCCAGUGCCUGCCCCUGUGACGUGAGCUUCCACGCUGGGUGUGAGGGACCCGACUGGGCCCUGGGAUGUUUCACACCGGAGCCCCGUUGCUCUGGGGCUGGCCUCCAGUGGAAGGCUUCGUCUCACUGGUUCGUGCUGGCUGUUCUGGAGCUCUGAAAAUCUGUGGGAGACUGAAAGCAGAUGACCAGGCGCUUGGUGGCACCGAAGGUGUCUGAGGACAAAUCCAGGCACUGGACGUCGUAACCUGAUUGUUAACCAUCAAUAAAGGCUCCUGGAGGACCGAG